GGCGACCUGUUAUACUCUCCAGUUUGGCACUGGCCGCCCGAUCGCGAGCAUGUGCCUGCCUGCUGAGUCGGCAGUCCGCGCCCAUUGUUGCCAGCAACAAUGAACUGCUGCGACCUGCUGCUGGCCGCGGUCGCCGCCGCCAUCGUGGCCGCCGACAACUCCACGCCUGCCCCGGCCACAACCACAGCCCGCAACAACAGGAAAAAUUUGCUCGACGGCCCGCUCGAGUUUGAGGACAUCCUACCAGAGGACCCGAAAGAGUAUGACAAAAUGCAGCCGCCCAAGGAGGAAGGCAAGCCGACAGUGGUGUACUUCCACGUCACAGUCAUGAGCCUUGACUCCAUCGACGAGUCCUCCAUGACUUUCGCGGCGGACAUCUUCUUCGCGCAGAGCUGGAAGGACUCGCGGCUGCGGCUGCCGGACAACAUGACCUCCGAGUACCGUUUGUUGCCGGUCAGCUGGUUGAAGCUCAUGUGGCGGCCGGACAGCUUCUUCAAAAACGCCAAGAAGGUCACCUUCCAGGAGAUGACUGUGCCCAACCACUACAUCUGGCUCUACCAGGACAAGACAAUCCUCUACAUGGUCAAGCUCACCCUGAUUCUGUCGUGCGCGAUGAACUUCAAGAGUUACCCGCACGACACGCAGCAAUGCGCCAUGAAGAUUGAAAGCCUGUCCCACACAACGGACGACCUCGUCUUCGUUUGGGACCCGCUGGUGCCCCUCGUGGUCGACGACCGCAUCGAGCUGCCCCAGUUGGACAUAGUCAACAACUCGACCGGCGACUGCACUCAGCUCUACUCCACUGGUAACUUCACGUGUCUGGAGGUGAACUUCACGCUGAAGCGUCGCCUGGGCUACUACCUAUUCCACACGUACGUGCCCACGUGCUUGAUCGUGAUCAUGUCGUGGAUCUCGUUCUGGAUCAAGCCGGAGGCGGUGCCAGCCAGGGUCACCCUGGGGGUAACAUCGCUGCUCACCCUGUCCACGCAGCACGCCAACAGCCAGAAGUCCCUACCACCGGUCUCAUACAUCAAAGCAAUAGACGUGUUUAUGUCCAGCUGCACGGUGUUCGUGUUCUGCUCGCUGAUGGAAUACGCACUCGUCAACAUAAUCCUCGGAGACCUCAUCGAGGACGGGGAAAGACCAGCGGCAAUCAAGAAGAUGAUCAGGAAAAUUCAAAUCCAAGCUCAGACGCAAGCCCUGGCCGGCGGGAGCAGCGACGACGGCGGCAACACGCUUAGCUCGCCAUGCAACAACCAGGCGGGGGUGGCAGCGGCCAAGAGCAACGGGGGCGGCACGGAGGCGGUGGAGCUGAUGGGGCCGAUGGUGGCGGAAGCGCUGGCCGGACUGCCGCCGACCAUCAGCGAGCGCGUGUGCCGGCAGCAGGCGCGCCACCAGCGGAGACGCGACCGCGCCAUUUUCAUAGACCGCUUCUCGCGCGUCUUCUUUCCACUCUCCUUCAGCGUGCUCAAUAUCAUGUACUGGACCGUGUUUGUCGAGUAUUACUUCUAAUAACGUGGGGACACGCGACCCUCGGUGCGCUCCUCCUCAGCGGGAAACAACAGCGUUUGCGCUUCUUCAACGAGUUCCAUCGAAUUCUUGCCAAAAGAAAGAAUAAAAAAGACAAUCCGUCGUUGCUCUAGAAUUCACUAACACACCUACCUGACACGCAUAUCCGGGUGUUUCUGUAGGGAUUUUGAUAAAAUUGCUGCAAAAUGACUGCUGCGUCCAUUGAAUCUCCUCUGAUAAAAUUUUUUACAGUAAAAUGAAGCAUUUUUUGAUUCAAAAUUACGUUCAUUAUGUAACGGCAGGUUUGACUUUACCCCGUACAUCAUACAUCAUCCAAAAAGAAACAACGAAAUCAAUUGGCAGCAAAGGCCAAAUUUUGGAAAAGUUGAAAUUUUAACAAAAAUUCAUAGCAAAUUUUUAAUGAUCUUUAUCCACCAAGAUAUGAAAUAGCGACAGUUUAUAUAAGUCAUUGAAGCUCAAAAUGAGAGCAGUUAUCCCUGAUUUAUGGAAAGGAUUAGUAUGGGAGCGUAUAAUUUGCCUAAAAUGAAUUGGUCCAAACGAUCCGGAAAUUGUACAAUUGACUAGAAUUUGUCAGAAAUGUUUUUACUUUUCAUGCAAUUUUUCUAUUGCCAAAGAUAUUACAAGUUGCAAUUCUUUCGCAAUACCUGGAAAUAUUUAAAGAGCUCAAGGGUCCAAUUCAGAUGGUCACAACUGAGGAAAUCAAUUUUUUUAAUAAAAUAAUGCAUCACAACCGGGCAUCCCUUCCAGUCAAAAUUUGUCUCGACAGAAAAAAUUAUUAAAAAAUAGCCCAUAAAUUUCGUCAACAUCCUGAAACGGCUUAACACUGAUUUGACGCUAAGUUUAUUUCCGACUUUUUCAAUAUUUAGAAUGAAAUACCAAAUUUAAAAUCCCCUGAUUUUUUUUAAAUAUCAUGAAUGCACUUCAAAUGUAGAAAAUUUCCAUUUUUUAGUUCUUUGUAAAUGGCUUCAUUGGAAAUUAACAUAGUUCAGGUCGGUUUUUGGUGGAUUGACGGGCUUGGGCUUUAAAAAUGGUUUUAGACAGUUUUAAGUGUUGCUUAAAAAUCUUAAAAUUGAAAUCAUACGGUUCUUGCUGUGGAUCCAGUUGUUAUAAGCGUGCAGCAAUUUUAGUUUAAAAUGUCUCAAGAUUACGCCCAUUAAUGAAAUAAUAUUGAUAGAGUCGGGUCGAUUUUCUUUCAGCGCGUCGCCGAAAUUCGAUUUUCUAUUAUACGCUCGGCCCUGGCUGUGUUUUGUUCUCCAUGUAAAGCAUUUAAAGGAAUAAUUUUUAUUAUAUAUUGAUCGCUGCCAAAUUUUCAAUCUCUUCCUCCUUGAAUUCCCAAACUCGCUCAAUUCUCGAAUUAUGUAAAAACGUACUUUCAAACUUGAUGCUUGUGCAUAGAUGGUAAAACGAAUUUUUAAAGCGUAAUUUAUAAUUAUAAGAAAUCGAUUUUCGCUAUACGUGAAAUUUUCAUACAGUAAAAUAAGUAGAAUUUAAUUCGAACGAUUCAACCGGCAAAACUCGACAAAAGUGUAAGAAAAUAUUGAAAUAAGCAUUUUAAAAGAUUCUAAAUAAUAGUUAAAUGCUUAAUCCGGUAAGUAUGUAAUCAAAGAAUAAUAAAUAUAGUCAACUAUAUCGAUAAUUCCGAUCUCAAUUCCAUCGAUUCUGCGGAAAAGGCUCAAAGGUGGAAUAUUGGAUAUUUUACAAAAUAUGAAAAUCAGAUAUUUGCGUACAAACUUUUCAAAAACAUGUUUCAUUUUUUUUU